AUGGUUCCACCUGAAUUUCUUCACCCUUCAUGGCCAUAUUCUUCUACAAUUAACAUAAGUUCAUCCCUUCAUGAACCUCAUGAUCAUGAUUAUGGAUUUUACAUGGAUGCUCAUAUCAAUCACUCCGAAUUCUCUUAUCCUUUCACCACAUUGGAGGAGGAACCCUCUGUCGUAGCUUUGUCGAUGCCAUCAUGUCUUGCAACCAUGUUUUCCGAUCACAAUGACUACCCGGGUUUUCCGGUGCUUAGCGAUGGACUGCAAGUCACAUUGCCACCCAUUGAUCAAUCACUGGAUUUGGAGGAAUUUGAUCCCAUCUUGAAUGGUGAAACCGCUGCAAUUUCUGUAUCCCUGGAGAAAAAUGAAAAUUUUCUUCAUUCCCAACAUUCACCAAUUGAUGGACAAACCAACUUGGCCUGUAGCUACUCCAUGGAUUCCAGCGAUAUAUCGAUGGACUUGAGCUCCAUCCCACAAUCACUGACCUUGCCCACCGAGGACACGGAGAUCGAGAAUCAACUGAGUGUAGUUCAUCUAGUCCUGGCUUAUGGGGAAGCCAUGGACAAUGAACAAACUGAGCUUGCAGAGGUUAUCACGAAACGAAUGAGUGACAAAGUUAGCCCGGUUGGUGAAAUCGUGGAACGUCUGUUGUAUUAUUUGUUUCAACCAUUGGACAAACAAUCAGAAUACCUUAAACAAGAGUCGGCCAAAAACUUUUAUACAGCUUUUAAAGCAUUUUACCAAAUAUUCCCAUAUGGGAAGUUUGCUCAUUUUGCAGCCAACCUGGCUAUCCUAAAGGCCAUGCCUCCCAAUGCAGAGAUCGUACACAUCUUCGACUUUGACAUGGCAGGAGGGAUUCAAUGGUCUUCGAUGAUCGAGUCAUUGGGACGUCAAGGAAGGGAGCUCAGGUUGAUAUCAACAAAAUGGGGUGACGAAGAUUCUUGUAAUCAUCCCUCGCCAUGGAGGUUUGAGGAGACAAAGACGCGACUCUAUGAUCACGCAUCAUCUUUUGGACUGAAAUUGAAGGUAGACGAGAUGGAUCUGCAUGAUUUCAUUAGCAAGAUAAAGCAAAUGAAUAGAGAGUGUGGGAGGAGAGAGUGGUUUGCGUUUAAUUGCAUGGUUGGACUUCCACACAUGGGAAGGUUGAAAAGGAGGAGAGAUGUCAUGAAAUUUCUAAUGGUGGCCAAGGAAUUCUUUUCCCAAACAGCACUUUGUAAUGGUAAUUACCCAGGAAUCAUUAUUUUAGGUGAUGGAGAUGUUUGGGAGAAAUUAAAGAGUUUCUCUUCCAGUUUCGGUUCAUUCUUAGAUGGGUAUUUGGUACACUACCAAGCAUUGUUAGAAUCAAUUGAAAGCAAUUUCCCAGUUCAUCUUGGAGAAGCCAGAACUGCUAUGGAGUGUCUCUUUGUGGCACCUUUUGUCUCUUCUCUAGCAUUGUUGGAAAAAUGGGAGGAGAUUAGGGAAUGUUGUGAUGAUUUACAAUCAAGAGUUGGGUUUGAGGGUUGGAAAGUGACCAGAGAGAGCUUAAUGGAGGCAAAGGAAAUGGUAAGGGAAGGGGAGAGUCUAUAUGGGGUGAGGAUUGAAGGAGAGAAUGACAAUGAGAUGGCAUUGGAAUGGAGAGGAAUUCCAUUGGUGAAAGUUUCUUGUUGGAGGAACUGA